UAGAGCCAGUUUCACAUGACGCAACGGGAUGUGGCACGAAGCUUUGACAGACAAAGGUGGCACCCACUGGGAAUUGUGUUCUCCCCAAUUCUCACUGGCGAGCUCCAGCCGAGCGUCUUCCCUCCUGACCAAUCCGAUGGGACAGGAGGCGGAAUAAAGCUGUUGUUGAUAAGGCGCGGUGACGUCAGGGUCCGCGCAGCCGCAGCCGCUGAAGAGAAGAUGGUGCUGAUUAAGGAGUAUCGUGUAAUUUUGCCCUGCUCAGUGGAGGAGUAUCAAGUUGGGCAGCUGUUUUCUGUGGCGGAGGCAAGUAAAAAUGAGACUGGAGGUGGCGAAGGCAUUGAAGUUUUAAAAAAUGAACCCUACGAGAAGGAAGGCGAGAAGGGACAGUAUACGCACAAAAUCUAUCAUCUAAAGAGUAAAGUUCCUGGGUUUGUCAAGAUGAUUGCACCGGAAGGCGCCUUGGUGUUCCAUGAGAAGGCCUGGAAUGCAUAUCCCUAUUGCAGAACAAUUGUGACGAAUGAAUAUAUGAAAGAUGACUUCUUUAUUAAGAUUGAAACAUGGCACAAACCUGACAUGGGCACAAUAGAAAAUGUUCAUGAGCUGGACCCUAAUACAUGGAAGUGUGUGGAGGUGGUACCUAUUGAUAUUGCAGACAGAAGUCAAGUCGAACAUUCAGAUUACAAAACUGACGAGGACCCGGCAAUAUUUCAGUCAGUCAAGACUGGCAGAGGACCCCUGGGGGCGGACUGGAAGAAAGAACUAGCUGGCAACCAGGACUGUCCUCGAAUGUGUGCUUACAAGCUGGUGACUGUCAAGUUCAAGUGGUGGGGCCUACAGAACAAAAUUGAGCACUUCAUCCACAAGCAAGAGAAGAGGAUUUUCACCAACUUCCAUCGCCAGCUGUUCUGCUGGAUUGACAAAUGGGUUGAGCUGACUAUGGCGGAUAUCCGGAGAAUGGAGGACGAGACACAAAAAGAGCUUGAAGAGAUGCGUAAGAAGGGUUCUGUUCGAGGCACAUCGGCAGCGGAUGAUUAGGAGUCCCCCCUGUAGGUUCAGAGGCAGGCUGUCUUCGGAAACAAGGUCAAGUGCGAGGAACCAGUGCAGCAAACUCAGAAUGAGGCCAAUCGCUCACAGCGGUUACCUUCUCGCAUCAUUUAGGGGUUUGUUACAAGAGAUUGGCAGUACUGUACCUGACCUCACAAUGCUGAAAGCUAUAGAAAAAAAUACUCACUGUAAAUAUCAGGGGCAGCAUUUUAAAAUCAAAACAAUCCAACGACUCCCAUGAAGAGAAAUAAAAUGCACUAUAGCAACAAAAAAUACUAAUUGGUA